UUACUAUGAACCAGAAUAUGCUUGGUCUUCUAGGUCCGUCCACGGUACAGUUGAACUGUUCGUAUGAUAUCGAUACUGAUGAUGUAUUGUUCCUUAUCAAUUUUAAAGCGUUCAUUCGAGGAACAUUUAGAAACAUAGUGUCCUUUUCACCACCAAACAUUGGAGGAGCAGCACUAAUUUUAACCGAUGGGUUUUACUUGAUAGGUAGAGUCACCCUGACAAAUCCAACAUUUGCAUCGACCACUGCAAUAAUGACCUUUAACGAAGUUGAUUGUGAGGAUGAAAAUGAUUACCAAUGUGAAAUUAACUAUCAAGAUGGCACCACAGGAGAAUCUCCGUCACCUUUACCGCUUGCUUCCACAAACCUAACUGUAAGAGCUGCUGCAGAAAAACCAGCAGAGGCCCCUUUGAUUACAGGAGUCAAUGGUAGCAUUAUUGAGGGUCAAAAUGUGACCUUCACAUGUUCAGGAAAUGUUGGAAAUCCUCCAGGAACAUUUAUUUGGGAGAAGUUCCGUAUGAUUGGUUUCUUCCCAACAACAUAUCCGGACGAACCGACCAUAAUCACACCUGGGCUGGUAAACUGUACAAACAAUGGCACUAGUAGCGUUACCAUAGCCAUGGAAAGUGAGGAUGAUCGGUCCUUAGUUCGCUGUGUAAUAAAACAAGAAUUUGGAGAUGUUUUUCAACAGACACCUAUCAUCAGUGUUCUCUACAGUGUACGUGAAACUGUAGUUACGCCUAAUCCAGAUCAGCCAUCAUACAUUGAGGGAUCAGAUCCUAUUACGCUAACAUGUUGGGGUGCUGGGAAUCCGAUUCCUACAUAUACCUGGUACAAAGAAGCAAACGAUACGAUCCUGUCAAAUACGUCAGCAUAUGUUAUCAAUGAUGUCACUGUAGAAAAUAGCGGCAACUACAUUUGUGUGAUUGAAAACAUGGUUGACGGUAUAAUGUAUAACGAUUCGUCUGAUUUCAAUAUAAUAAUAGGUCCUAAUGUCACCUCAUCAAGUUCAGCUCCAUCAUCAUCACCAACAGGACAGCCAUCCUCAACCGUUGUUGUGGGUGGGCAGGAUUCAGUUCAAGAUAACCUUCCUGCUAUUAUUGGGGGUUCUGUGGCUGCAAUAGUAGCUGUAACCAUAACAAUUUUCAUAUGUAAAUAUACACUAAAGAAAAAUGGAAAAUAUGACGGACAGUCACAAGGACAGAUAAAUCAUUAUGAGACAAAUUUCUCCUCUGGUAACACACCUCCCGCUUCUACACAUCACAUUGAUUUGUAUAGUAGUCUUCAAAUGAAACAGAGUAGUAAAUUGUAAGCCCUUUUGAAUUGGAUAGCUCACCUGGGAAAGAAUUAUAAUACGGACAUUUUUCGAAUUAUUGUGUAGUUUUAAGUAUACUAGUAAUCUGAUGUUUUAUUUUAUAGAAAAAGAAUUAUGUGUGAGGGAAAACAUAAGAUAUGUCCUAUGCAAUAUGCGUUUAUAAAUUUUAUGAUAAUAUUUUGAUUUGUUUUAUUUAUGCUUUUCUCAAAUGACGGAAAUACACUUAAAAGUUUUAAGGAAAUUGCAUUUAUUACCUGGUAAAUGUCUUAAUCUAAUAAUAUAAAAGCAAAUGUUGCUUUCUUUUGUGUUUUCAUAGGUUAUAUUUGUUGUAUAGAUAUAUAGUAUUGUAAUUUUGUAAUUUUGUAAAGGGUAAUCAUAUAUAUAAAUAACUAUGUUAGCAUUUUUUAAAUUAGAACUAUAGAUCAGACAUAUAGUAACAAUAAUAAACAAACGUUAUUAAAUAUACAAUAAAUAGAUAAAACACCAAAAAGAGGCAAACCUCCUUUUAAUUUUGUACCAUUAGCUGAAAUCACUACGCAAAAAAAUUGCAACGAGGGAGAGAGUUAUUACACGUCAUUUUUACAUCGCGAUGACCGUGAGGGCGUUCCGAUGUAUUGCUAUCGCCUAGAUUUCCAUUGCGUAACAUUCGUUUUGGGUUUUUAACCGAUCUAUAAACAUGAUAAAUACGCGGAUAUUAACGAGUGCAAAAUAACAUUCCUUAUCGA